GCUUCCCUCUUCACCACAAUUCACCAUCAACGCAACACAUUCUCUCUCUAGAAACUGUACUUUUUCUUUCUCUAGAAGAUCUGAAGCAAUGGCAAGAACAAAGCAAACAGCCCGAAAAUCAACAGGAGGAAAGGCGCCAAGGAAGCAAUUAGCCACAAAAGCCGCAAGGAAAUCAGCACCAGCAACCGGAGGAGUGAAGAAGCCUCACCGUUUCCGCCCUGGUACAGUGGCUCUUCGUGAGAUCCGAAAGUACCAGAAGAGCACUGAGCUUUUAAUCCGAAAAUUACCUUUUCAAAGACUGGUCAGAGAAAUUGCACAGGAUUUCAAGACGGAUCUUAGGUUCCAGAGCAGUGCUGUAGCUGCACUACAAGAAGCUGCUGAGGCUUACUUGGUGGGUCUCUUUGAGGAUACAAAUCUGUGUGCUAUCCACGCUAAAAGGGUGACUAUUAUGCCCAAGGAUAUUCAGUUGGCUAGGCGUAUUAGGGGUGAAAGGGCUUAAUGUUUUGUUGUUAUGUUUUCUGUGUUUAGGGUUAUGGUGAAUGUGGUAUGUAAUGCUCUUUAGUUGUUUUUUGGUUGAAAUGUAAUCAAAACUUUUGUUAAUGAAAGUCGAAGUUUCCUCUAAA